AUGAAUACACAGCAAUAUAAGGCAGAGGCAUUGAAGCAUUUAUUGCAUGGAGGUACCGCCCUGGGUAUUGGUAGGUCAGAAGAACCUGAAAGUUUAUGGGAUAAUCCUACUUUGUAUCCUCAAAUAUUCCCUUGGCUAUUUCCAUAUGGUAAAGGAGGUAUUGGUCAUGCACUAGCUAAGAAUAAGGUAGAAGAUCACACACGUAAAGGGCAAUUACUACUUUACCAUGACAAACGCUUUCAAGUUGAUCCUAUGUUUCCAUUGGUUGCUUUAAAUCAUGAACAAAUCAAACAAUGUGCUCAAGCUGGUAAUCUUUUGACUAACAAAGCUAAUUUUAACUCAGUAGCAGAUUGCUUGGUUAAUUUAGAUCAGUCAACCUUACUGUCUCUGAUUGAAAAAAUGAAGGAGGGUAAACUUGUUAAAACGCAGACUCAAGAAGAGAAGGACUGUUUUAGAGUAAUUUCAGACAUUGAUUACGUAGCACAACAUGUGUCAAACUCUAGAACUAACCAAAAGUAUAUGCGAAAUGAAGCGUGGGCACUUGUUCAUUAUCUUGGGGCCCCUCACUGGUUCAUAACAUUCUCUCCUACGGAUAAUAAACAUCCAUUAUGCUUAUAUUAUGCAGAUACAGAUGAAAAAAUAUACCCCAAUAUUUGGGAUAAUACAGCUAGAAUGAAGCUUAUUGCAAGAAACCCAGUGGCAUCAGCCCGUUUCUUCAAAGUUAUAGUGGACUUGUUCAUUAAAUAUGUCUUAGGCGUUAAUAAUCCUGAUAAACUUGGAUUGUAUGGUGAAACGGAAGGAUAUUACGCCACUGUUGAGCAA